AUGGGAAAAUCAAAAUCAGCAACCACCAACACCACAACUCUAACUAAUGGUUCGCCCACCAUCCGCCGCUCCGCGCUAACCGAGUGCUCUCUGUCCCACCUCACUCCCUCGGACUAUAUCGCGCGGAGCGUCCUCACGGCUGUCACCAUCACCGGCGUGAGUGGCAUCGACAGAACCACAGCCUCAACCUCAGCGUCAACUUCCGCCUCGGCCUGUUCAUCCAAUCUAUUAACAACGAGCAUCAGCCGCUCCACCUGCACCAGCUGCACCAUCACACACUCCCACCUGCAUCACUGCAUCUUCGCCAACUGCACCCUCACCAACGUCUCCUCCAGCAAAUUCGUGCAAGCCGACCACUGCACUCUAGAGAAUGUCAUCUCGCUCCGGAGAUGCACCAUCAGCGACUCGAUCAUCGGCGAGUGGUCAUGGAUGACGCGCUGCGAGAUGAGAGCCUCGAAGAUUGGAGGCGCGAGUGCCCUUCGGCGUAGCACCGUCAGUGACUGUCGCGUGACGGGCAGCCGGUUGAAGAAGGCAAGACUCGUGAAUUGCGAGGUUGAAGGGUGUGUGGUUGUCAAUACUGAGCUUAAGGGGGUGGUGGCCAAGAAUGGGGUGUGGAAGAAUGGAAGCUUGGUGGGCAGGGUGGAUCAGAGCAAGGAUGUGGUGAUUGUGGGCAGGGAUGGGAAGAAUAAGAAGAUUGAGAACGCGGUCGGAGUGAAGGGAAUUGUAGCUGAGAAAAGGAGCAUGGAAAGGGACCUGAUUGAGAGUAGUGACGAUGGUGCUGAAAUUGAAGGUUGGGAAAGAAAUGGCCGCCGACAAAUCUGUGAACUUCAAGGCACGGAGCCGCCACCCCCUUAUACAGCUUGA